AUGACGAUAGAGUCAAGAAAGAGCUUGAAAUUCCGAAGAAGCGCGGUUGGCCCUAUCAAACCUGAUCGCCUGAAGAUUCGUGGGCGCAUUAUUGCCGCGCCAUACCGCCUGUACUGCGCGCUACAUUUUUGGGCUUCAAGUGCAAGUAGCCAAUUUGCGCCGAUUUACUUUACGUUCACUUUCUCUGGUCAAUAUCGACUGCGCACUCACCUACACAAGAGAGACUGCCAAGAGAAUCAUAUCUCUGCGUUUUUAUCCCAGCCCGACUUGUUGAACGCCUUCAUGAAUCGAUAUCGAAACGCUCCAACCCUCCGAGGCCCCAGCAAAGCCUCUGCUACAACACUAUGCCAAAAAUGCCUGAAACGAGAUAUCUAUGAAUGCAAGGCAUCCGCACAAGAACGCCCAUAUAUCCCGCGGCCCUCGCGGACCCAGCAGCUACUGAACCCGAAAUUAGUCCCCAAGCUUUCCACUGAGAAUCCAAACGAGUUGUUGCGAACAGAAGGUUUGGCAGACGAACUAUUAGCUGGCCGGGAGGAAGAGCGUGGGCGAAAGAGAGAUCUUGAAGCUGCGACAGACCGCCACGGCAUCUCUCCAAAACGUGCUAGGUCGAUUUCAUCCCACUCGAUGAGUUCAAUCUCGACGAUCUCUACAAAUCGGUCUUAUUCGGCGUCGCCCCGCCGCGGUAGAAAUGAAACACACGACAGCCACCAUCGAGAUGUCUCUGCAUCCCCCGGGCCCGCGAAAACCCGCAAAAGACGCUACAGUGAUUCGUCCGAGGGCCGCUCUGGCUCGGCGCAUUCAGGGCCUGCACACCACUCACCUCCCCGCGAGCAAAACAGUGACCGAAACACCAGACGUCGUCGUCGAGAGUCGAGCCCUGAACAACGGGGACGCAAUCGCGGGGAAGGAAGACACAGUGAGCGUCGGCAUCGUCGCAGUAGGAGCGCAGAUAAGGACCGACUUCCGAAAGAAAGGCGUUCCUUGACUCCAGAUGCUCCCCGCAACCGCGACCGUCCUUACCGAGAUCGAGCAAGUCCACCACGCCAAGCUCCAGCUGGAAGUUCUGGACAAGAAACUAAAUCGCGGGCCAACCAGCCUCGAGAACGAAGUCUCAGUCCAUUCAGCAAGCGUCUCGCUUUGACCCAAGCUAUGAAUGUUGGGCGGUAA